UAUUAUGAUAACACAAAAUUUGAACGUCAAAUUUUAUUGUCGCAAAAAUUUCAGUCAUAUUUUCGAAAAAUAUUACGUGAUUUCAAAACAGUAGAUGGUACUACAAAUUUAAUCGAUAUAACCCGCCGUGGUCGCCGUUCGAACCGGCUGCGGUUACUAAACCGUCGGUGCCAAAAGGUUUGCAUAAAUGAAUGAUGUCGUUGAGGUCGAAGGCCCUGGUGCUGGUCGAGGUGUUGCUGAGGGUACCACCGUUAUUUGUGGUUGAUGAAUUAUUGAAGAUCAGCCUGGGGUUACCAGUGUCGACCGGUGAGGAGGUAUCCUUGCUGUCGACGGUGACGACAGACCACGUCGAUGCUAGUGACUCCAACCCGAACUUCUACGACGCCAACUUUUACAACGCAUUCGUGUUAACACUCCUAAAAUUCUUCGUCUGUUGUCUAGGAUGUAUGUCAGCACUCUGCAUAUUCGUGCUAUACACGAAGCACCUCAUCAUCGUGUACCUCUAUCUGAUGUCAAUAGGAAUAGUGUUCGUCUCCUACUGGACGAAUGUUUCUGCCAUUAAGCAAAUACAGGCGCUCACACUGGCCGCGACGUCUUCACAACCUUCGAGCAUAUUAGAAGACUUCCUAAAUUUAAACGUGAAGAAUUUACUUGACCUCGAAGGACCUGGAAUACUCGUCAUACAAAAUUUUGCAAUACAAUUCAUACUGGCUGUCUUAUUUCGGAACGUUCAUCUGGGACCGCGAAAUGCCACGGUGGAAAAGCUUAUACCAAUGAGUUUCAUGGCGCCGUCGUUUUUAGCUAUGUUACCGGUACCGCCUAAUCUCUUGCAUCAUUCUCCAGUUUUUGCUGCCCUAUUACCCUUGUGUCUCGUCAAAUAUGUUCUCUGGACCUCCGGGUAUGAUGUAAUACAAGUGAUGUACGGCGGAUACCAACAUGGGAGGCUGUUCGUCAGUCACAACGGAUUAUCAGCAUUAGUUGAAACGGAAUGGAUGCGAUUGAAUGUACCGUGUGUCCUGAGAGUUUUUUGGGUGAUGCGUGUCGCGGAACACGCCAUCUUACUGUUAAUGGAAAACUACGAUGAAGACGCUGAAGAAGGAUUGAAAGUCUCCACUCUGCUGGCAGUCCAGUCGCUCGCUUCGAUGGCAAAAUCGUUGUUAGUAACAGGAUGUGAGACCAUAACCGCGGUGCUCGGCAUGACGUCAGUCAUCUCAUUUUUCUGUCACUACAUUGGGAAUUUCUUCCAGUGGAUUUUGCUAACAGAUGAAGAGGAGGACAAAAGUAUCGGCACAGUUUCUGCGAUACUGUUCUACAUAUUAGCCUUGCAGACGGGAUUGACGUCUCUAAACCCUGACAAAAGAUUCAUUCGACUGUGCAGGAAUUUCUGUUUGCUGUUCACGGCUCUACUGCACUUCCUGCACAAUAUCGUGAACCCUAUGUUGAUGUCUUUAAGCGCAUCGCACAAUCCUAGCACUCAUAGACACGUGAGAGCACUUGGGGUUUGUGCUUUCCUGAUCAUAUUUCCAAUAUCGCUGCUCGUUUACUUAUGGUCUCAGCAUUCUAUAUCAACGUGGCUCUUAGCAGUGAGCGCAUUUAGCAUAGAAGUAAUAGUCAAAGUAAUAGUCAGUCUUAUGAUAUACUCCUUAUUCCUUUUCGACGCUUACAGAAGCACCUUCUGGGAGCAAUUGGACGAUUACGUGUAUUACAUCCGAGCUUUCGGUAACACGAUUGAAUUUUGCUUCGGGAUUUUCCUGUUCUUCAACGGAGCAUGGAUAUUGCUUUUCGAAUCGGGAGGUGCCAUACGAGCGGCUAUGAUGUGCAUACACGCGUACUUCAAUAUCUGGUGUGAAGCGAGGGCGGGAUGGUCCGUUUUUAUGAAGCGGCGGACGGCCGUGAAUAAAAUUAAUUCCUUAAAAGAGGCCUCAGCGCAACAGCUCCAUCGUCUAGACGAUGUGUGUGCCAUUUGCUACCAAGAGAUGCACUCGGCGAAGAUAACUCGCUGCAAUCACUUUUUCCACGGCGUGUGUUUGCGCAAGUGGCUCUACGUACAGGACCGCUGCCCGCUAUGUCAUGACAUUCUGUAUAAGAUAGACAACGACCCGAGCAAGGAAAGCUCCGAGGCCGGCAACGAAGAGAACAGCAAUAACCAGAACCUUGAAGACGAGCCCGAUUUACUGCUCAACGAAGGCAUAAGGUGACUGAUCGAUCAAGAAUUGCAACGCUUAGAUUAAAUCAAGAGUUUGAUUUAUUCAGUGGAUAUUUUUUUUUAAUUAUUUUGUAUAGUAAGUUAUUAUGUUUUUGUAAUAUUUUUGAAUCAGUUCGGUACUGUGAUUUAUAGUUUAAAUUCUGUCUCGUGAUGAAUGGGUUUUCGUAUUCAGUGUGAAUUUUAGGGUUAAGUAUUGUAGGUGUCCUAUACGCUUGGAUUGUCGACGCGCCGUUACCGUUUCCUAUAUUAUAUGUUCCGAAGUUUUCGAGUAAAAAUCGCUAGUUCAAGUAACAUGAAA